CCAUGCAUGUUAUUAGUAAAACCAGUAGGAUUGGCGGUGUGCUUGAAGGUGUUUAGAAAUAUUCCACAUUAUUUUAAAUUGCUUGUGUCAGGCCUGAUUUUGAUGGUAUUGGUCCAACUUAAUUCUACCGCAAAACUUAUGCAGUAUGUAAGUGUGCCGAUGUGCUUUCUUGACAUGCAGUUUUAAAUGUACUAGUAUACAGAAUUUAGUCUUUCCCUAUAUCUGUUACAAUAUUAUUAUUACAAUAGCUCAAUUGUCCCUUGAGAAAAUAUUAGGUAUGUGCAUGGUAUUCCCUAGACAGACAUAUAGACAGACAAUACCUACCUAAGCCGUGGACCAUAUGUACGUAUAGUAUACAGCUGUAUUAAUAUAUAUUGGCUUCCACAUCCCACUAAUUGGCCUUUGUCAUUACUUAGUAGUUCAAAUAAUGACCAAGUGACAAAACAAAAAGCAACCAUGGAAGAUUGUUUGAAUUAUGCUGGUGCUAUUAGUUGGUGUGCAGGAGUAACCCAAGAUGUUAUUCCAUGUUCGCAUUUUAGCAUACAGUUUAUUGCCUUCCUUAUAUCGUUUGGCUUGGCUGUGUUUGACACUUGCACUGACUGGUUAGUGGUUGUCAACUUUAAGGACAAUGGAUUCAGCAACCCUCUCCUACCACGAAAUGAUAUUUGGCUAAUUAUAUGGCUCACGUUUGCAGGAAUUGGUACCUUUCUGACAGUUGUCUCUAUUCUGCAUGAGGGGAUAAACUUGUUGUAUGCAUAUUACAACCAGGAACCUUUCGGCGGUUGCUUUAAACGUGGCUGGAAUAGUGUCACUCGAAACGAAACACUCAGUGCACUUACACUAUGGCUUCAAGAGCUUCCCAUGCUUGUCCUUGGUAUUCUUUUUGUUUACAUGCAGCUUUCUUGCAAAUCUCCAAUACCAAUAGAUGUCAAUGCCCUUUUUCUGGAUAUAAGUAUUAGCGUGACUGUCACAUUUGCAGCUAUUUUUUGGAGGCUUAUGCGCUCCGUUUUCCGCGUGUAUGCUCGUCAAGUCUCCCUCAAGGACUACGACCAAUUUUGGAAAAAAAACAAACCCAAAAGGGAUGAGGUUGUUUACCCUCACGCUACGUGUGCCGGAAAGUUUUUAAAGUUGUUUUAUCUCUGCAUGAGUUUCGAGGCCAUUGCCACGUUGGGAGCACCAAUAGCUGUAGGAUUCAUAUGGUUUGAAUACGUUCGAAGUGAGAAUGGAACUAAUUUUGAUGGCUCUCUUGCAAUUUAUCGUUCUGAUCAUCCACUCAUUAAUAUUUCUGGGACCGUUAUUCCACCAAAUGGUACCUUUAUUAAUUUGGAAAACAUCAACGACAUGAAAUUACAUAACAGUCGAGAUAUUUACUGCCUAAGGGGGUUUGAAUAUCACCCUGAAACUUUUCAGAUCUAUUUUAAUGCAGUCGAUCUUUUUGCAGUGUCUAACAAUGCAGAUUUUUGUGAUGCUGUUGAUAUAGAAAACGACUCUCAGUGUGAUGACUUGUUUCUCUACUAUGCAUCUAGACCCCCAGUGUAUGAUAUGUAUUUGAACCCGAUAUAUGGUACUGGUGAUAUUGAAAGAUUGGAUGAACAGUGCAAAGUUGCUUUCUUUGACUACCCUAUUCAAAAUCCCCAAUUUAAUACAAUUGUCAAUGUUUAUCGCCAUCUUGGUCGAACAAACCUUUCUGAGCAUGGAGAGCCUGUUGCUGUGUUGUAUCCAGAUUUGAACCGUUUCUUUUUAAUGGGAGAUGUCAAAAGUGCCCCAGAUGGAGAGUUUCAGGGAAUAUUCUCCUCAGUUUUCACAAAUAUUUCUUGUGUGAUCGAACUUCGAUACUUGCAGCUGCCGACUACAGGCCGAGGGCAAAUACAAUACAACUACAGAGAUGUCAUUAACUACGGAGAAAAUAAUUGUACAUUUAGCAGUACCAACAUCUGUUCCUCGGUGCACACUGAUCUGGUGUAUGGCUAUCUAUCCGACGAGUAUAGCCUAGUACAGAACACCCGCUGCUCUAACGUCACUGAUAACCAACUACGUCCCGUGUACGAACCUUCUAUCAUUGUACGACUCCCUUGCUAGUAAACACAAACUCUUCUCCUUUUUUAGCUAGUUAGAGUCUUAGCUGCAUGUCUCUUCACACGUGCAUGAUUAGUUUGUUUUACUGUAAGAUGCCAAAGCAUCCACUAUUAAUUGUUAUCAGCUAAGGUAAUUUGCCUGUGUUAUUAAUUAUGAUGUGAUGUAGUUUCAUGUUCGAAAAAAGUUUUUACCUUU